AUGGAAAGUCCAGAGAGGCCUCCAGGGGCCACUGGAGAUCCAGAAAUCAUGGGACCUGGAUCUGGGGUUGAUUCAUCGACACCCUCCCAGGAACCGCCACAGCUACCUCCAACUACCCGUGCACUCUUUGCAGGACUUGGAGACUGUCAGAAACAGUCCAAUGAACCUACUUUGAGCAACAGCGACGCUCUACAAGCGCCACGACAGACUGGAGAAACCCAACAAGCCCCAGGAAUGAUCCUCGAGAAAAGGAAGGCCUCAAGGCUGACUAUAGGAUCCCGGACUCCUAUAACUAGGUCUGGAUUGAGCGCGGCUCCGAAGAGGAAGAUUACACUUACCGCAAUGUGUGCAGCAAGUGCUCCUGCAGAGGAUAGCCUUGUGAUGGGCCUGAUCGAGGACCUCAACAGCCAUCUGCAAGAGGCGGUCCACCAGCUCUCCGCGGAGCUGACGACUGCCAGAAACGUGAUCAAUACCCAACAGGGCCUCAUUACUACCCUCAACGCUAGGCUAGAGAGCCUAGAGACCUACGUUAACGCCCUACAAAGCCGUCAGAUCCUACCACUCGACCCCUGUGACACAACGCGUGAGGUUGCGGCGCACGGGCCACCGCCAAGAGCCGCUUCCACGGGAGGUUUAGCGUCCACCCCAAUACAGCUAGAUGCCGCGCCUGAGAGCCGCGCGAUAAACUCAACCGCACCUCAGCCGCAGCCGCGAUAUCAGAAUCCAACAAAGGCUACGAAACAAGCCGUACAGCCACCUGAGGGCCCCAAAAAAGCCUCAGCACCCUCUAAGGCUCUAUCGAUAACUGACUGGAAGCCUGUGAGUACCCGGAGCAAGGAGGAAAGACGCCUCAUCUUCAGACGACGAUAUCCUAAAGAUGCUCCGACCGCAUUGAAAGCUGAUGUUCUCUUGGCCCUUAACCGUGCCCUUGCAAAGGCAGGUUUUCCUGACUUUGUAAGAGCAGUCGAUUCUGGAUACGCGGCCUCAGGGGCCUUAACAGUGCUCCUAGAGCGAGGCACUCGCAGCAGCACCCUCGUGCCCGUCUACAACGAUACUCUACUAGCCGCUGUAAGGCAAACAGAUCCAGCAGUUAUUUCCGUGGAGAUUAGCGAACAGUGGCACCGUGUUAAGGUACAGGCAGUGCCUGUGGACCGCUACAUGUAUAAUGACCAAGGCCUAGCACUAGCCCAAGAAGAGAUUGAGCUGGGAACACCAUAUAGGCUUAAACGAGAGCCAACGUGGCUCAAAAGAGCCAAGACUAUACAGGCUAGCAACCAGAGAUUUGCCACGAUUGUGAUCACACACCUUAUUGGGAGUCAAAUCCUGAGAGUAUCUGCCCUCGAUGCUGCGGAAUUGGCCACUCUGGCUUCAUGGCUUGUGGUGGCAGGUCUCCUAAAUGCGCGAUCUGCGCAGGUGAUCAUGAGGCAAUAG